AUGUUUCUGGCGUUCUUUCUCAUCGGCCUCUGUAUUUUCUACUUCUAUAGCAUAAAAAAAUUUGUAUUCUUUUCGCAAAAGAGCAUCAAACAUGACCCACCUGUUCCGAUCUUCGGGAACCACGUGCAGGUCGCGUUCGGCAGAAGAACACAGACUGAAGUAUUUAACAGUCUCUACAAAAGAUACCCCUCCGAGAAAAUCGUAGGGUACUACAAAGGUACGAAACCGGAGUUUCUCGUUCGAGAUCCCGAAAUUAUAAAACACGUCUUAAAUACGAAUUUCUCAGAGUUCUGUAACCGAGGCGUUAGGCGUGAUCCAAAAGUGGAACCGCUUAUGUUAAACAUGUUUUCGGAAGACGGCAGCGUCUGGAAGUUACUCAGGCACAACCUAUCGCCGGCUUUCUCGGGUAGUAAGUUGAAAAGUAUGUUUCCCAUAAUCGUUAGUUGUACGAAUAAACUUGUAACUGUGGCGAAAGAACUGGCACUCGAAGGAAAAGAGUUUGACGCAUGUAUUCUAUGCGCGCGAUUCACCAUAGACCUGGUAGGUGCUAGUGGAUUUGGCAUCGACAUGAACACAAUAAACAACGAGCAAUCCCUCUUCUUAAAGCUUCGCGAGCUGAUGUUCAUAAAGUCUAAUUGGCAAAUGUUCCUGUACGGUAUCCACGAUCUCUUUCCCGAAUCCUUUAUUAAAAAGAUACAUAUAUCGAGACCUCAAGUACGUCUGAUAAUUAAGCAAAUAUUAGACAGUGUUCGGAGCCAAAGAACGAAUGACACAAAUCCACGCAACGACUUUAUUAAUCUUCUACUAGAGCUAGGUAAGGUCGGAAAAAUCAGUGGCGAGUCGUUAGAAACGGAUGCAAAUGGUAAAUAUAAAGAGAUGGAAAUGGACUUCAACGAUGAUCAUAUAAUUGCUCAACUGUUCAUAUUCUUCAUGGCCGGUUUUGAAACUUCUUCGACUACAAUGAGUUACGCGAUGCAUAAGCUCGCGUUCCACCCAGAAAUCCAACAGGAAGUUCAGAGAGAAAUUGAUAAGUCGCUUGCUAAACAUAACAAUAAAUUAUGUUAUGAAUCAGUUUCGGAAAUGGUUCUAUUGGAGCUGAUCGUUAAAGAGUGCCUAAGACUCUUUCCACCAGCCGGAUACACUUCGAGGAUUUCGUCAAAUGAUUGCGUUUUACCCGACGUUAAUGUUGAGAUCAAGAAAGGUACAAAAAUUAUAAUUCCCAUACAAGGAAUUCAACUGGAUCCCGUGUACUUUGAAAAUCCAGAACAAUUUAAUCCAAAGAGAUUUUUACAUGAAACAUUGCAGCCCCGCCAUAAAUAUGCAUAUAUUCCCUUUGGAGAGGGACCGAGAAAAUGUAUCGGAGCUCGCCUAGGUACAUUGGAAACUAUGGCCGGCUUGGCGGCAGUUCUUAACAAAUUCGACAUUAAGACCUCACCAUCUUCAACUAGGAACAUCCAUCCAAACAGGGCCGCUUACCUUAUUCAGUUUAUAGAUGGAGGUUUACCGCUUCGCCUAACACUGAGAGAAAAAUCUAGUGUGAUAAGUAACGGUUUUCCUUAA